AUGUGUCACCCUGGUGGUAGGAUUAUUCUUGCUUGGAAUCCAUCUGAAUUCCAGGUGAACCCCUAUUUAUGUUCCAGUCAGCUAAUUCAGUGUGCCAUUAGAUUAAAAAAUGGGAGUCAGUUUGAAUGUUCCUUUAUAUAUGCUCAUAAUUCUCAACAAGAUAGAGUUGCUCUUUGGAAAGAUCUUUGCACUAUUGUUGGUUCCAUCAAUGAUGCUUGGAUUUUGAUGGGUGACUUUAACUGUGUUCUCAACACAGAUGAGAGAGUGGGUAGUGCAGUCAGAUUACAUGAAAUUCAGGAUUUUCAGUCCUGUGUUAAUACUUGUGGAUUGGAGGAUGCUAAGCUAAAUGGUAAUUUUUUCACCUGGAAUAAUAACAACAAGGCUUGGAUCACUCAAUAUCCCAAUACUGAGGUCUGUUUUAAAAAUGAGGGCUAUUUUGAUCAUUGCCCUGGCAUUGUUUCUGUUUACCCUCAUUUGGCAGCAGGGAAAAAGCCCUUCAAGUUCUUUCCCAUGUUUCAAGAAGCUCCUCAGUACAAAGACAUUGUGAUGAAUGCCUGGAAUAUGUCUGUAACUGGCACACCCAUGUAUCAGGUGGUUCAGAAACUGAAAAAUGUAAAAGUUGCUUUGAAAAAGCUUAAUAAGGAGGGGUUUGGUGAUAUUGAGGCUAAGGAAACUAAAACAGCUCAUGCAUUGCAAGAGCUGCAAGAUGAAUUACACAAAAAUCCUACUGAUGUUGAGAUGGCUAAUAAAGAAAAACAAGCUCAACAGGAAUAUUUGGCUGCACAUAAAGCUUUGUUGUGUUUUCUUGCUCACAAGGCCAAGUCAGUGUGGAUAAAGGAGGGUGAUGAGAACACUGUUGUGUUUCAUAGGUCUAUUAGACAAAGACAAUUGCAAAAUACAAUUCUCUCUAUUAAAGACAUGCAUGGUAACUGGACUACUGCUCCUGGUCAAGUUCCUGAUGUUUUCUUAGAGUAUUAUAAAUGGCUUUUGGGCACAAAAGGGGAUGCUAGAACCUCAGUUAAAUAA